AUGCUGAUGAACAGGAGCCUCUACCAAGAAGCUCAGCAGAGAAGAGACCUGGUGGCAGGGCAGGUGGUCACCGGGAGCCUCCUGUCCCUUCUCAUCUUCUGGACCCUUUUUGGCAACAUCUUGGUAUGCACAGCCGUCAUGAGGUUCAGACACCUGCGGAACAGGGUGACCAACAUCUUCAUCGUGUCCCUGGCUGUCUCUGACCUCCUGGUCGCCCUCUUGGUGAUGCCUUGGAAAGCAGUGGCAGAGGUGGCCGGUCACUGGCCAUUUGGAGCCUUCUGCAACAUCUGGGUGGCCUUUGACAUCAUGUGCUCCACAGCUUCCAUCCUCAACCUGUGUGUCAUCAGCGUGGACAGAUACUGGGCGAUCUCUAGCCCUUUCAGGUAUGAGAGGAAGAUGACCCAGAAGGUGGCUUUGCUGAUGAUCGGUGCUGCUUGGACUUUGUCCAUCCUCAUUUCCUUUAUACCUGUCCAGCUAAACUGGCACAGAGAUAGGGGGGAUAGCCAGACCCUGAGCAACCACACUGCGGAGAACUGUGACUCUAGCUUGAAUAGGACUUAUGCUAUUUCUUCUUCCUUGAUAAGCUUCUACAUUCCUGUGGCCAUCAUGAUUGUCACCUACACCAGGAUCUACAGGAUCGCUCAGAUUCAAAUCAGACGGAUCUCCACUCUGGAGAGGGCUGCCGAACAUGCCCAGAGCUGCAGGAGCAACCGUGAUAACUGUAGACAACACCAUACCAGCUUGAAGACUUCCAUCAAGAAAGAGACUAAAGUUCUCAAGACGCUUUCUGUCAUCAUGGGGGUGUUUGUGUGCUGCUGGUUGCCCUUCUUCAUUUUGAACUGCAUGGUUCCCUUCUGUGACAGGUCUUCUGGACACCCCAAAGCUGGGCUUCCAUGUGUCAGUGAGACCACCUUUGAUAUCUUUGUCUGGUUUGGGUGGGCUAACUCCUCUCUGAACCCCAUUAUCUAUGCUUUCAACGCUGACUUUCGCAAGGUCUUCUCCAGCCUCUUAGGAUGUGGACAAUGGUGCUCCACCACACCUGUGGAGACGGUCAACAUCAGCAACGAGCUCAUCUCCUACAACCAAGACACCAUCUUCCACAAGGAUAUUGUCACCGCCUAUGUGAACAUGAUCCCCAACGUGGUGGAUUGCAUGGAUGACAAUGAUGAGACCUUUGACCGCAUGUCUCAGAUCUCUCAGACUUCUGCCAAUAUUGAGAUGGCCACUGGCUCGGUGUGUGACUUGGACUGUGACACAGAGCUGUCACUUCAUAAAAUUACACCUUCCAUGCCCAAUGGCUUUCAUUAG